GUGAACGAUUUCAAUUAAUGUUGUAGGCCCCGAAAAAGCAGUAUGACCCAAAUUAGACCGGAUUCAAGAGAAGGAAGACUGGACGGGAGCUCAAUCCCUCUCAUUUACCCGAGAAAUUUUUGCUUGCCAAUCGGGUACCACGUGUUUUCUGAUGUGUACAUCUGGGCUGUUAAAAAAUGUAACCGACGGUUCAAAUUAAAAAUACCGAACAAAUUUUUUUUAAAAAGGAGGAAAAUGUGUAUCAAUUUGGACAGUCGGUUGUAUUAUUGGACAUCCCAAAUGUACUCGCCGGAUAACACGUCAGCGUACUCGCACCAAAAAUUUCUCCAUUUACCCUCAUCCAUUACUCCCUUUAUUCCCCCUUUUACUCCAUUUUACCAACUCCCAUUUUCACCUCUCUCUCACCCAUUAAUCCCCCACUUCCGUUCUUUACCAUUUUACCCUUCCGCCGCCGAUGGAGGUCUUCCCCGUUAACCACCAAUUCCCAAACCACAACGACACCGUCGACUUCCCACUACACUUAACGCCCUUCCCCGACGCCGCCGCCAUACUUUAUUCAAAUCCAACGGCCGAGAUUCCUCCACCGGAGAUGCAAUACGAGUCCCAUCCGCCGCCGCCGCCGCAGAAGCUCCGUCCGAUCAGAUCCAACGGUCGGACAUCGCCGGAUUAUAUCGAUCGAACGGUUGAUCUCGAGGGGGCGGUGCACGGGUGUUAUAGUGAUUUAGGGUUUCCGAAUCAGCUGAGUUUGGCCGAGGUGUACGGCGGCUCGUCGGUGGAUGUUGCGGCGGCGGCGGCGGAGCGAAUGAAGGUGGAAAUGGAGGCGGCGUGUGCGAAGUUAAUCUCUGAGGGAGAACUUUUCGAGACCGAAUUAAGCUCGUCUUCAGAUGAUGAUGGUGAUUCAUCAGAAGCCGUGAAAGAACCUUUGAAUCGUAAGAGAAAGAGAAAAACGAGGAAAAAGAUCGAGUUAUACCUGAAAAACAUGAUGACGAAGGUUCUCCAAAAGCAAGAGCAGAUGCAUAACCAGCUGUUAGAGAUGAUCGAGAAGAAGGAAAGGGAAAGAAUCAUAAGAGAAGAAGCUUGGAAGCAGCAGGAGAUUGAAAGGGCAAAGAAGGAUGAAGAAGUAAGAGCCGAGGAGAGAUCUCGUACUCUAGUUCUCAUCAGCUUCAUUCAGAAUUUGCUAGGCCAUGAAAUCCAAAUUCCUAAAUCAUGGGAAACUUCAUGUCUAGAAAAAGCGGAAGUCGAAAUACACAAUCAGAAAGAUCUUUCGUGUGAUCCCUGUAAUAGGAGAUGGCCAAAGUCUGAAGUGCAAGCCCUUAUUACUGUUCGAACUGCUUUGGAUCACAAGUUCCUCAAGGGCGUGAGAGGCAUUGUAUGGGAAGAGGUAGCUGCUGGAUUGUCUAACAUGGGUUAUUCCCGAAGUGCAAAGAAAUGUAAAGAGAAAUGGGAAAAUAUCAACAAAUACUAUAAACGGACGAUGGAGACUGGAAAGAAGCGUCCUGAUGGUGGUAAAAGUUGCCCUUAUUUUAAUGAACUGGACAUCUUAUAUACAAAUGGAUUGAUUAAUCCAGUAAAUGCCUCUCAUUGUAUAAAGAAUGAGAUUGAGGACAGGAGUGUGGAAGAGUAAAUAUUUGGUGAACUUCAGACUCUGGUGUUUUCCACAUUGGUGUCAAUGGCCUUGAAGAGGCUGUUCGAAGCUAAUUAUGUUAGGUACCUUGAAUCUUUUUAUCAACCUGUUCCUUGAUGUCUUUUUUAGUAUUCUUGUUCGACCUUUAAUAUCUUAUGGCGGUGUCUCCUUUAAGUUUGUGUCUAAUUGGCUGCAAUGAGGUAGAUCAUUUGCAAUUAAGUUUAAAAAAUGCAGUUACCGCAAAUCAGUGUACUGCUCUCUAGUUAGAUUUUUUUUCUUCUUCUUAUCUGCUGUAUCAGAUUAUCCUUGUGAAAAAGUCAGAAUAGAAAUACGAAGCAGAAGCUAAA